AGCCUGCCUCCGGAGGUUACAGCCCCUGCUCUUGAGAAAAUGUUGCCCAUGGAUAGCGUGGCAGUGGACUGUGCCCACAGGACUGUGCCCAAACCAGGGCCUCAGCCUGGCCCACACAGAUCACUGUUGACUGAAGGGCAUCUCCAAAGCCUUUCAGGGGACUUGAACCAGUUCUCCUGUGGGAGGGAAGUGCACUCUGGCCAGAGAGAACUGGAGAGCAUGGUUGCCGUCUGCGAAGCCCUGGCUUUUGAAAUUUUCAAUGGGAGCCGUGAGUUAUUGUCUCAGGGACAGGAGCAGAUUUUUAUUCAGACUUCCAAUGGGCUUAUCUUGUCCCCUCCAGGUACAGUAGUGUCUCCGGAGGAAGAUGUUGUCAUAGUGACCAAUGCAGAGGGGCGUGGCCUGCAGAUGGGCCCGUCAGAAGGAGUUCCUCUAGAAGCUGUGGAGUCGCUCCUCACGGUGGAGGCAGAGCCCUCACAGUGAAGGGGAGUCAGAUCCUAGAUUUGUCUGAUUUAUCCAGAGAAAGUCUAUGGCAAGCAAUGUGUAUUUUUCUAAUGUGAAUACUGCACAGAUGAACCUUUUAUUUAUAAAGAGUAUGCCUUUCUA